CAUUGUAUUCCAUUGCAUUGACCCAUGCAUUGCCUUGCUAUCUUGUGUUUUAUGGUAGCGGUUGUAUUUAUUCAUUGCAUUGCGCGACUUUCCCCACCACAAGCGGACUGAUUUAGGCGACGGCAUGGAUGUUUUCAAGGUGGUGCCCAAUUUCAGAGCGCGCGCUUUGCUUGAGUGCGCUGCCAGCACUGACGCACACGAAGGGGCCGCCCAGCCAGCAGCGGCCGGCCGUCGCAGCGCCUCCGGGGCGACGCUGCUCCCAACCUCCGCGCGCCCCGGCGCCACUUCUCUCGAAGGCUUUCGGAAAUUAGUUCCCAACCUCGUUCCCGAACACUCAUGUUAUGAAAAAAACGGAAACAAACUGCGGGGCGGUGUAGGUAGCAUCUCUGCGGAGUCCCUUGGAAUGGCCCAAGGCCAUGAAGAAUCAGGCUGGGAAGCAGCCAGCGCACGAGCUCGAGGGAGAACAGGCAGCUUUCUUCGGCAAGGCUGCCACGCUUUUCCUUCCGGGCUGCCAGGAGUGGGCCUCACACUCUUGCGCAUUGAAAGCAAAUUCAUUGCUUUCAAAUGCCCUGGAGGUAUUGAAAGUGAAUUAAGUACUUUUAAUGCCGUGCGUGGCAAUGGAAGCAAUUUGUUUGCAGUGCCAGUAUACUUCUGUAAGCAACUAGCCACGAAUGCUUCGCCUGUGGAAGUGUGAAACAAAAUCAAAUUAUUCCGCUAGACCGAAAAACAAAAAAAAGAGCCAGAACAGGAGCUCAAAAAUAAAAAAACGAAAAGCCAGGGCCAGAAGCAGCUCCGCCCCGUUUGCGGUUGCGGUUGUAAGCAGAUUUUGAUUGCGGUCGCAAGCAGUUUUUGCGGUUGUAAGGCAUAUGCGCGGCUGUGCUAACAGCUGUGAGCAGUUGUUGUGGCUGGAGUGGUUUUUGCGCCACUUUUCUGCAUACCGCGGCUGUCAUUCUUCGUGCCAAAUUGUGGGUAGGUCUCCACACGCGAGCAGAGUCCCUGGCUUUUGCACCCGAUGCAGGCACUGAGUGCCCAGAUCGUUUUGCUUAGGCUUGUUUGUUUCCCGCCAGCUCUUCAAGACUUUGAAAGCCUGGGGCGUCGUUCUUCCUUCCAGCGCCGCGCGCGCUUUUUUCAGCCAGCUUUGACGACCUUGCCUCGUAUUUUUGUUGCUUGUCGAAUUCAAAAGGUUUGCAAGUUCUGCUGUUGGCCCUCAUCUUCAAGCUUUGCCUUUCCUUGCUUCUGCUUUCAACUUCCACUUUUUGACUUUAGCCUUCACUUUUAGUUUUUGCCUUUGCUUUUAGUUUUUACCCGCAGCUUAGCAUUAGUUUUUAGCUUUUACUUUUCGUUUAUUUUUACUUUUAGUUUUUACUUUUACUUUUUGCUUUUAGUUUUUACUUUUUACUUUUAGUUUUCCCCCGGGAGCAAAGCCGGGCAAACAAGGCUCCAGGACGUCUCCACCGGACAACCCCGCUCCUGGGUAUGUGUGUGGCGCUCCUAAGGCCAUGAUUACCACACAUAGUUGCGACAGCUGAAGAUAUUGCGGCAGCUGCGAUAACACUAUGAGUCAGGCUGUUCAGGCACCCCCUGACGGCUAGGUGGGCCUGUUAGCGCUGUUUGUUUUCCUAGGUUCUUGUCGUAGUGUCCGCCGUCUGUAGUUUUUGCGCUCGUCCUCUCAUGCCUGCACACCCGGCCUUCGUUAGCGCUAGGCUGAUCCAGCGGUAUUUUUCUCGCUCCUUUCAACAUAUCUGCAGCACUAACCUUUCCUUAAGUGAAUGCGCUCUACUUGUUUUUUGGUGCUAUUCUUAAUGCUAACCCGGCGAGGCGCAAUGUAGAUUUACGCGUUUUUUAUUUUUUAACGUUCACCAUGCGAGUCCACACUUGGGGGUGGGUUCUUUUUCUCCUUUGAUUUCUGAACUUUGCUAGUCCGUAAGCAGAAACAGAAUCUCAUCUGGCAUAGUGAGCUGCCCCUGCUCGCUGCCCUUUGCAUGUGGGGGAUUGGCAGUAGAGUUGUGCCCGGGGAGGUGUAUGCUCACUUAGAUGCUAGCGUCCUAGCUAAGCGCCCGCUGGGUAUUGGGUGCCGAUGGUUCGCAGCUGUCCGCCGGACCUGGCUCGGGUUGGCGCUCAUUGCCGGAACAGCACGCGGGGAACGCUGAAAGGAGGGAAGCAAGUUGCGGAAUAAUUGUAUGGCCGUCACGACUUUAGUCUUAGCAAGGGAUAGACUUUUUUUCAGUGCCAGGGUACUGAAAGCGAUGCGUUUUCAAUAAAAAAGGUCGCUCGACAGCUUUCACACUCUAGCCGCUUGGAAAUGUGUUCCCAAGGUUUGUCGCAAAUCCUGGGAACACAUUUCUGCAAGGCCCCCACGUAAGGUUUGUGCUCUGGCCGGCACUAGGAGUAGGUCUGAAGAUCUCGCGCAACAUAAUCACACGUGGAGGCCUUAUAGAAAUGCGCUCCCAGGAUUUUCAGAAAUGUGCUCCUGGCAAUUGCUGACUGCGUUUCCAAUCACCUCAGUUAGACACAACUAAAAUCCUCCACGUGUUGAAGUGUGGCGAUUGGAGACGUAGUAGGCAAAUCCUAGGAGCGCACUCCUGUAAAGCCAGAAAGUCGAAGCUAUAGGCAAACGAGUUGGUCUGUGCUUCAAGGUAAGAAUACUCCCGCAGCAGCUUUUUCUUCCUGGCCUUCCAGAACGGUGUUCCUGAACUCAUGCACAGAACGAGCUCCCUGGAGCGCCUCACGCUUCCGCGAUGUUCCCAGCGAAGCCUGGGGCAGUAGCUCUCGCUUGCCGAGGCUUCUUUAGGAACGCCCAUCGGUUUUGCUUUCGGGCCGGUUGAGUUCUUUGCUCUGCUAGGGGCGAACGUUCUGCGAUCGAAACCACGAACCCCGCUCCUAGAAGAAGCUGCGUCCUCUUCUAGGGGCUCAGUUUCUAGCUGAGACCUUCCGGAUAGGGUCUCCGUCGAGGAUGUUUGCAGAGGGGGUCGGGAAAGAUUCGCGGAAAGUACCUCAGUCCCGAGCUAUAAAAGGUUCCACGAAAGGGCGUCGCGAAAGGGUCCCGGAAGGGGUUGCUCGUGAGACCCUCUCAAGCUUACACAUUUCUGAGAACAAAAGUUGUCUGCGCCUCCGCCUUGGCAGUGAAAGCAAAUUGCUUCCACCUCGUGGGAGCGGAAGCAGAUGGCCUUCACUUCAGCGGUCGCGAAAGCAAUUCUGUUCACCUCCUGGGUUCGAAAAGGCAAGAACGGUUCGACUCACAGGCCGAAUGAGUUUUUGUUUGUUUGUUGUUGUUUGUUUGUGUUUAUGCGUGAAGGUGGAAACGCGAUUACACACCUUUUCUCCUAGCGCUAUUUCAAGAAAAACCCCUGGUUGAAAAAAGACAAGAGAGAAAUAUUUCUUUAACUACAGCUGCUGAAAAACUAGAAGGACUCACUUUGAACUUGCUGAAAAAAGGGACGAGUUGUUUUUAGGUAAGGGAGAACUUGCAC